UGCAUGGUUGUUUUGGAGAAAACCAUUAAAUUACGCCAACUAUACUUUAUUUGCUCCGGUUUGCUUAAUUUCUUGACGUGCGUCACUUAUCGAUCAAUCUAUUCUUUUGUUAGACUUGAAAUGGCUUUGUUGUAAAUUGCCAAAAACAACUGUCCGCCGCCAGCGAGGCUUGGGAUUGUUAAGAUAAACCAAAGAGGGUUAUUGAUCUCGAUCGGUAAUUGUUUCAACCUUUACCGCUGCGUGGUAGGACGGAAAAUGAAGAUAUUCUUGCAGUAAAUUAGAGGAACUUCGCGACGAAAAUAUUGAUUAUCACCUUGUCUAGGACGUGUCAAACACUUUCUGGCUAAAAUACAGCGAUAAUUAAUCUAACAAGUUUACGGUGAUAGACAAGGAUCGAACCGAUGGAGGGACAAGCAAAUCCGCGUCGACGAUUUAAUUUCAAAACUCGAGUCUUGGUCUUUCUAGCGUACGGUUUGGCGAAACUUGCUUUAAGUAACGCCCAGUUUACAGCAUGUACUACCCGUGGAAAUCACACAGAAGAUAUUUAUCGCGAAGUGCCAAUCAAAAACUCAAGAACAAGUGUAACACUCAGCAGUCCAAACUUCCCCAAGCCUUACCCCCAGAACAUACAAUGUACAUGGAGGAUAGUGGCUCCGAUUGGUUACCAAGUCAAACUCUCUUUUCUGGAAUUUGACCUGGAGAACAAUUACUUGGAGUCUGGUUGCCACGACUAUGUAAGUGUGCGAGACGGUGGUUUAGUGUUCAAGGAAGCCAAAGAAAUAAGCAAGCGAUGUGGCAACAGCAAACCUCCGACUGUCAGUUCCAGUACUGCAGUUCUGUGGAUAAGGUUUCUCACAGAUAAGGAGGUGGAGAAAAAUGGAUUUUCUAUCAAAGUUCUCCCUAUUCGUGGUUCAACAUCAAAGCGGUACAUUGCCAUCGGAGUUCUCGUCAGCUUACUCCUUAUCAUCAUAAUAGCUAUCAUUCUUUGUCGAAAGCGCUUCAAACGCAAUGACACAGAGGCUCCUAAGGUCCGCCAAUACCAGGAGCUCCCUGUCCCAACGGAUGUAGAACCGGAGCAGAGAGACCCUUCCCUGCGUGCACCUGAAAUACCCGAAGAAGAUCUUUGGAGCAGCGAGCGGAAAACGACGGAACUAGAAAAGGGAUCGGGUGCUUUUUAUGUGCCGCCUUUGAGAAAUUCCGAGGCCUCGCGAUAUUGCUUUCUUUUAGAAGAAGGAGAUGCCUUUGAAUUCAAGAGUAAUCGUCCUUUUAAUAAAGCCACAAUAAAGAAGCCCGUGACAAACGAACAUGAAGAGCUGGAAUACACAGAACUACUCACUGUAGUGUGAUAUAGCGUCAGUGAAAUGAUGAGCUGUGAAGAGCUUAAGAAGCGUCCGUUGACUCACAAUAUAUGGUCUACGCUGAAGAGUUUAGAAAUGGUCUGGAUCACCGAUCGACUUGUUAACAAUAAACAAAGAAUUGCAAAGUAAUCAGAAUUACCCACAAUUGCCUGAUGAAAGGACAAUGAUCAAACACUACUGACAGCUUCGAUGUACGUAUAUCUCGCCAUCGUGAUCCAAAAGUAAAGUCAAGUCAAAUAAAGUAAAACUUUAUAUUAACAGGAAGGUCCAUUCAGCUCACGGGCUAGUAUCCAGCGGAAAUAUCCCAUUGCAUCAGUGCAGUCUAAUUUGUAGGCGCUGUAGUCUAUAUACUGGUCUUGUUGUAGCAGACCUGUUCCAUGCAAAGCCACAAUAUUCAUCAAGUAAUUGAAGACUUAUUGUGUUAAAACAAGUAUCUUGAUGCCUCUUUUGUCAAGAAACCUCUAACACGACCCAGAAUACAAACUCUAGUGGCCAUCUUUCUGCACACAUAGUCCGUAUGAGCCCUCUUAGUCAUAAGGAAACACUUCCUGCUCCAAACACAGCUGCAGAGAUUUAGCUUUCCUUUCCUAUGAGGGUUAGGGUCAGAAAGAUUAAGAGCUAGGACCGGAGAGAAAAUCCCCAACACCUGUUUAAUAAAAUUCUAUAACAUACCGUCAGAUGUAGUGCAGUUCAUAAGAAAUUACACACAAACUGCAUGCGGUGACAAACAUAACAAUAAAACGCAUCUUGGAAAACAAAACGUUUCGUGUGUUUCGACAUACAUUUUCAGAAGUGACCGUUUAGAAUAGAAAAUACAUUUAAACCAUCGAAGCACAUUUGAAAAUGAAGUUUCGAAUUAUGUGUUUCUUUUCACCUCCUUGAUGAGCUUCAGUAACAUUCCAAAAAUUCUCGAAUUUGACAAAACAAAUACCAUCAAUUCUCGCAUGUUACUUUGAUCAUUUAUAAGUAUCUCUUACGGGGGAUUAUUAUAAAGGGACUCUUAUUUCAUAGAUGAGGGACAGGCGCAGAUCUAGGAUAAACGGUGACCAAUUUCCGAAACAAUGAGCGCCGAAGAUGCUCCAUAGGAGUUGUUUUGGAUUUUAACUCCCAAAAGUCCCCUUCCCUGGGUUUCUGAGUCAUUCUGAAAAAU